AGGAGGAGGAGGAGGAGUUUGUGGUGGCGGUGGAGGAGGAGGAGGAGGCGGAGGAGCAGCGUUUACCCGUGAGUUCACGAAGCCGUGCGCGCUGGAUACGUAGCGGACUCUUGUGGAGGACCUUCGUGCGUGGAGCUACGAUCGAGCAGCACAGCUGAUCCAAGGACUCGGGUACGAAGGGCUCUUACACUUGCCAAUAAUAAUCGACAAAUAUGUCGUCCCCCAGCGCUGGAAAACGUCGUAUGGACACGGACGUUAUCAAACUAAUAGAAAGCAAACACGAGGUGACGAUCCUCGGAGGACUCAAUGAAUUUUCCGUCAAAUUCUACGGACCACGAGGGACACCUUACGAGGGUGGAAUAUGGAAGGUGAGGGUUCUCUUGCCCGAGCAUUAUCCCUUCAAAUCUCCUUCGAUCGGUUUUAUAAACAAGGUCUACCACCCUAACAUUGACGAAGUUUCAGGCACCGUGUGCCUGGAUGUUAUAAACCAGGCUUGGACUGCCCUUUAUGACUUGUCAAAUAUUUUCGAAUCCUUCCUACCCCAAUUAUUAACAUAUCCCAAUCCCAUCGACCCUCUAAACGGCGAUGCAGCUGCUAUGUAUCUCCAUAAACCAGAGGAGUACAAGAAAAAGGUAGCCGAUUACGUUAGGAAAUAUGCAACGGAGGAGGCAUUGAGGGACCAGGAAAACGGUGGGACCGGGAACGGGAUGUCGUCCGAUAGCGAAUCAUCGAUGAGCGACUUUAGCGAAGACGAGGCGCAGGACAUGGAGUUGUAACCAAAUAUUUUAUCAUCAUCCAUACCCAUAUCCUUAAUCUCGAUUCCUUGUAAACUCCUAUCGUUUGCCCUACCAAAUAGAAUGCUUAUAUUCCAAAAAAAAAAAGGAACGAAAAAAAAA